AUGUCGGACUCGCUAAGAUGCUCCUCGGUGUCGCUGAAUUGGCGCAUGGGGACGCAGCAGCCAGAGGCGUUUGCCAGGCAGAUGCGGCUGCAAGGUGACGACGCCAAGGAGCCGCCCCUGGGCCUGCGACGUCUGCUGGCCACGGGCGCGCUGCGGCGUGUGGAGUUGGUGGAGAUGAGGGGCGCAGGUAGCUGGUUCCCUGACGUGCUGACUCAACUCCCCGCGCUGCGCCGGCUCUGUGUGGCAGCCACCAGGAGCGAAGACGCGCGAAAGCGGAACCCCAAAGCGCGAAAGGGCUUCGUUGGAUAG